AUGACCUCGCCACGGGCGGAGCCUAUGACACCGGCGACCUACGAACGAACGUAUGGCGGCAACCGGGCAUUUCACAAUUUCUUUAACGACUUCAGCCAUAUCCAAGACCCGAACCUACGGCGACGACUCGCGCUAUCUGAAAUCGAUAAAGUUCCCUUUGGCAUGUACCAUGUGAGGGCUGUGUUGGUCGCUGGUAUAGGUUUCUUCCUAGAUUCGUACGAUAUUUUCGCGAUAAACCUCGUAACCACCCUACUCGGCGUCGUAUUCUACCACGGACCUCCUGGAACUGAAAAAUAUGGCUAUGGAGGGAAUUAUGGGUUUCUACCGACACCGGUCAGCCAAACCCUUAAAGCAUCGACGAGCGCGGGCAUUGUUAUAGGACAGGUCCUAUUUGGAUGGCUAGCGGAUAAAUAUGGAAGGAGGAGGAUGUAUGGAGUUGAGCUUGGUAUAAUUGUCUUCUCGACUCUAUGUUGUAGUUUAGUUGCUGCCUCUCAUUCCGUCAGCUUCACGGGGGCGAUGACAUUCUGGAGAGUCAUGAUGGGUAUCGGGAUUGGGGGCGACUAUCCCUUAAGCGCUAUCAUCACCGCAGAGUUUGCACCUACGCGAUGGCGCGGUGCUAUGAUGGCGGCCGUGUUCUCCAUGCAAGGGAUAGGUCAGCUGCUGGCAGCAAUCGUGGCCAUAGUUGUCACAGCGUCUUUUAAGGGUGCCUUCGAACACGUUACCGCUGCCGAAAACUGCGACUACGUAUGCCAAGUAGCAGCAGACCGCUGUUGGCGUAUUAUCGUAGGAGUUGGAGCUUUUCCUGCCUGUUUCGCUCUCUACUAUCGCAUCACGAUACCUGAAACGCCCCGAUACACUUUCGAGAUCGCCAAGGACAUCGAGAAAGCAGCCGCCGAUAUUAAAGCGUAUAUGGCCAGCCAAUCAGAGGGAGAGGUCGAUGAGGUUAUGCAAGCGAAGAUGAAGAAGCUCGCGGCCCCAGCGCUCAACAUACCGGCAGCAUCUUGGCAAGAUCUCUACUCCUACUUCACAAAAUGGAAAAAUGCUAAAGUAUUAAUGGGGACGACUUUAUCAUGGUUUUUCCUAGACCUGGCCUUCUAUGGUCUAGGCUUAAAUAACACACCAGUAUUACAAGCGAUCGGCUAUGCUGACGGGGAUUCGCUUUACUACAUUUUAUUUAACAGCGCGGUCGGCACGGCUAUACUUGUCGUGGCAGGCUCUUUACCUGGAUAUUGGACCGCUAUAUUCACGGUUGAUAGCAUCGGUCGCAAACCACUUCAAAUUAUUGGAUUUAUUAUUCUUACCAUCAUAUUUGCCGUAUUAGGAUUUCUUUACAAUAACCUCAGCAAGGGCGCUCUAUUCGCUCUCUACGUCAUAGCGAAUUUCUUCUUCAAUUUCGGUCCGAACACAACAACAUUUAUUGUACCCGGCGAGUGUUUUCCCACCCGAUACCGCUCGCUAGGUCAUGGCUUAUCUGCGGCAAUGGGAAAAGUCGGCGCCAUCGUCGCUCAAGUCAUUUCCCUUCCACUCCUCACGAAGGGCGCACCAACACCCUGCUCUGGCAGGGAAUGUACGCCAUGGUUAGAUCGGCUGAUGCAGAUAUUUGCUCUGUUUAUGCUCUGUGGCACACUAUCAUCACUGCUAAUUCCUGAAACUAAGGGGUACACUUUAGAGGAAUUAUCCGGCGAACCCCCGACUUCGUAUAACGCGGGACGUAACGGUAGCUUUAUGGAGACGCCGCCGAAACCCCGCUGGUGGAACCCGUUUUCGGGAGGACAACCUGCAGGUUUCUAUUACCCUCGCAUGGCGCCUGGAGGCCGCGCGGGGAUUAUGUCAACUCCUGAGUCGGCGGCUCGGGAUGCGGCGAAAACUAAAUGGUGGAAGUUUUGGAAACGUGAUAAAACACAAACCGAGGAGAGCGAUGCCGAAGGUGUCGCAGAUGGGGCGACCGAUUGUGCCGCUAGUUCGAGCUCGACGGCGGGGUUUACGGCAUCUGGCGAAACGGUGGUCGCAAAUGCGGGUGUGCUUCCCGGCUGGGGAGCUGGCUGGGGUCGGAUAGAUAGAGGAGGAAACCCGCUCGCUAUGGAUAAUAUACGGUUACAGGAUCCCACAAAUCCUUCCACCAUGGGCAAGUCUAAAAGCGAGAGGCUUAACCGUCGUGGUCGUGGCGAUUACCGACCUCAGCGUGAAGGUCGACGUAAGAAUAAAAAGAACAAACACCCUGAUCCGAAGCCCAAACCUAAGACACCUCGAAAAGAAUACCCUGAACUACAACCCAAGGCUUCCCUUCCUCCCCAAGGACCUCGUGCACCUCUCAGGCAUUUUUGGGAGGAUUACGCCAACGAUUCUAGUCUCUCACGCUUCGGUAAUUUGACCAUAUUCUCUCGCAAGAACGAACAUUUAGACUCACAGGGUUCAGCCAAGACGGUUCGACCUCGCUUUCUAUCCAACAGUACCACCAAAAGCACAGAAUCAGGCGAAACUUCAUCAUCGUGCACUAUGAGCGCCGAUCCUGCAAGUCAGUUCGGUUAUUCUAGUUCUCGCAACGCUCGAUUCAAGAAGAUUGUUGCAGAGGUUGAACCUAUCUUCGAAACUCCUACUACGAGAAACUUAGAAGAUGUGCUUGCGGAUCAUCCUGAUGUGAAGUUCCCAGGCCUUCCCGAGGAAUCACUCAACCAAACUGUUGAGAUGGUUCUAACAGUUACGCACGAGGUGAUGAUGCGAUGGAUGGUCAAAUGGUGCCCUUUUCGAAGUUAUUCAGUGGUCAUGGGCCGAAUCCGAGCGGCGGGAGACGCAAAAAUAGAACCUAUUAGCAACCCAAUCAUCGUCCCGGCAGAGGCCCUGAAUACGAAAGCUACCGGCACUACAUUAGCAAAACUAUACUCUAACUGCCAGAAGGCUCGUAUGAACCAUCUUAUUCCUACCGUAGCUGGCGUUGCGGAAGUCAUCCAACACUGUAUCAUCCUCUGUCAAGUACUCAAGGACUUAGACACCGCGACUCUCUUUAAAGGCAUCAAAGACACAGUCCAAUAUCUCCCCAUUAGUCUUGACUGCAGAUUGCACAAGAUGAAGAAAGAAGCAUCCGAUAGAAUCUCCCGUGCCAAUCUUCCGCGUAGUACACGCCUCCGCGAGAAGCUAGAACUCAAGAUACUCGAAGAAGCCACAUUAGGCUUCGAGAUCCACCGCCAAAUCUAUAAAUGCCAGUUGCUUCAGUGUGUGAAGGAGAUGCAGAACAUGACUAGACGGGGCGGUUUCAGAAAGUCCACAGAGAACUUAUCGAAGGAAUUAGAGGCGAAACCAGCAACUAAACCGGAAGUUAAGCGAGAAGCCGAGCUAGAGGCAAGAUCAAAUGUCCAACAGGCCCUCUCGGCUUCCUCUUUUCUAUCUAUCAAGGAGCGGGAGGUCAUCGUGAUAUCUGAUUCCGAGUAG